GUAAAGAAAAAUUCUCAUCCUCACCGGAUGUUUUAGUUUCUGGACAAAAGCCCUGAUAUUCUCCUCCGGUUCGGACACUGUGCAGAACCCAAAAGCUCAAAACUAGAGGAACAGUCAUGGUGAACUCCUACGAUUACGAUGACGGAGACGGGUACGAAGACAUGGGCGGAGGUCACAGGCUGCAUCAGGACCUAGGCUACGACCCGAACUUCGUCCCCGACUCUGUUAAGACCUUCGUUGUUCACCUGUACAGGCACAUUAGAGAGAAGAACGUCUACGAGAUUCAUCAGAUGUACGAGGGUUCAUUCCAGAAGCUCAGCGACCGGAUGUUCAAGGACAGUCCCUGGCCAUCUGUCGAUGCAGUGGCACCGUACGUAGAUAACGACCAUGUCUUCUGUUUGCUGUAUCAGGAGAUGUGGUUUCGGCAUCUCUACGCGAGAUUGACACCGACGCCGAAGCAGAGGAUUGAUUCGUGGGACAAUUACUGUAGCUUGUUUCAGGUGGUGUUACAUGGCGUGGUGAAUAUGCAGUUGCCGAAUCAAUGGCUGUGGGAUAUGAUUGAUGAGUUCGUUUAUCAGUUCCAGUCGUUUUGUCAGUACCGGGCAAAGAUGAAGAGCAAGACCGAGCAGGAGAUUGCUCUUCUCAGACAGUACGAUCAGGCAUGGAAUGUGUUUGGUGUGCUCAAUUACCUGCAAGCACUUGUGGAAAAGUCCAUGAUCAUCCAGAUCUUGGAGCAAGAGAAAGAGGGUCUAGAGCAGUUCACUGCAACUGAUGGGUAUGAUUACAGUGGUGGGAGUAAUGUUUUGAAGGUGCUUGGUUAUUUCAGCAUGGUGGGAUUGCUGCGAGUUCAUUGUCUUCUCGGUGAUUAUCAUACUGGUUUGAAGUGUUUGCUUCCCAUUGACAUCAGUCAAUCAGGUGUUUAUACCAGUGUUAUUGGAAGCCACAUUAUUACUAUAUAUCACUAUGGGUUUGCAAACCUUAUGUUGAGAAGGUACGUGGAGGCAAUUCGUGAUUUCAACAAGAUUCUCCUGUAUAUUUAUAAGACCAAGCAAUAUCAUCAGAAAUCUCCUCAGUAUGAGCAGAUAUUGAAGAAGAAUGAGCAGAUGUAUGCCUUGCUAGCAAUCUGUCUUUCUCUCUGCCCCCAAGUGAAGCUUGUUGAGGAAAAUGUAAACAAUCAAUUAAGGGAGAAGUAUGGUGAGAAAAUGCUGAGAAUGCAGAGGUAUGAUGAUGAGGCAUAUGCUCUCUAUGAUGAACUUUUCUCAUAUGCAUGUCCAAAGUUCAUAACCCCAUCUGCUCCUAUUUUUGAGGAACCUCUUGUAAAUUAUAAUCAGGAUGCUUAUAGACUUCAAUUAAAGCUGUUCCUUUAUGAAGUGAAGCAACAACAACUAUUAUCAGGUGUGCAGUCCUUUUUGAAGUUGCACUCUACCAUCUCAAUUGGGAAGCUUGCAACUUAUUUGGAAGUAGAUGAAUCCACUCUGAGGACAAUAUUAAUGACUUACAAGCACAAGACGCACACUGUUGACAGUGAUGGAAGGAUAAUUUGUAAUGUUGAUGUGGACUUCUACAUUAACAAUGACGUGAUACAUGUUAUCGAGUCCAAAUCAGCAAAGCAGUAUGGUGAUUACUUCAUGCGUCAGAUUGUUAAGCUUGAAGAAACAAUCAAUGACAUGGACAGAAUAAAACUGGAGUGAGGCUUUCCAGUUUCUAUGGGGAUUUACUACUUACCCAUCAGCUCCAACGGAGGACCACUUUCCAUUUCAACCCCAUUGGGUUUCUUGUGAGCUGAGAAGAGAUUUCCUUCUGGUUUUACCAUUCUGCUCUCAUUUCAGCUUUGAGUCGGUGACUCGGUGUACUUAGGCGGGCUUAGAAUCUUCAGUCGUGCUUGUUCUUUAUUUGCUUAAGAGCUGUUAAUUUUCUCAGAUUCGUCACCAAAUUCUUUUCUUCCAUUGAAAUUCUUUAACCAACCAUUUGGGGGCUUAUUCGCCUAUGUGUAUGAUUUUGUUUUCCAAAUCAAAAGCAACUGCCAAAUCAGUAAAACAAAGCCAAUCAUGUUGCAGCCCUUUUAACUUA